UCCUUUCGCUUCCCUCUCCCACCUCCUCAAGUAGCCAAAGCCCUAGCGCCGCCGCGAUCCCAGCAACCGCCACCGCAACCAUGGCUGCCGCGCUCACACGCCCGCCGGCCGGCACGGUCCAGUGCUUCGGCCGCAAGAAGACGGCGGUGGCCGUGGCCUACACCAAGCCGGGGCGUGGUCUGAUCAAGGUGAGCGGCGUCCCCAUCGAGCUGAUCCGUCCGGAGAUGCUCCGCCUCAAGGCCUUCGAGCCCAUCAUGCUCGCCGGCCGCACCCGCUUCAAGGACAUCGACAUGUGCAUCCGCGUCCGAGGCGGAGGGAAGACGUCGCAGAUCUACGCCAUCCGCCAGGCCAUCGCCAAGGCGCUCGUCGCCUACUACCAGAAGUACGUCGACGAGGCCGCCAAGAAGGAGGUCAAGGACAUCUUCGCCCGCUACGACCGCACCCUCCUCGUCGCCGACCCCAGGCGCUGCGAGCCCAAGAAGUUCGGAGGUCGCGGCGCCCGCGCGAGGUUCCAGAAGUCGUACCGUUGAGCGGCUCUUGUCGGAUCGUUGUGGGUGUUCUUGCCUUCGUUUCCUAUAAAAAAAGCUACUACUCAUCUGGUUCUAUAUCUAGCAGCCGCAUUACCUUCAAGUUUAGAUUUUUUAAUCCUAGUGUCGAACCUUUUGACAUUGUGACAUGAGUGUGAGGAGAAUUUGAACACCAUUGGCUAGUCUCUGAAGUAUGGUUUUGCUUGUUACCUAUGUCGAGGAAAUACGGUAUCAUUGCCGUAUAUUUACUCGUUGUAAGAGUAGCCUUUCAAUUUUACUCGAGUAUCUGUUUA